AUGGCUGCAGAUGACCGCAGCCCGGAGGUUAAGGCGGUUGCAGCCGCCUUCAUGUCCGUGGCCUGCGUUGCGGUGAUACUGCGAUGCUAUGUGCGCGGAUGGAUUGUUCGAGCGUUCGGGAUUGAUGACUGGGCUAUGGUUGUUGCCAUGCUCUUUUACAUAAUGUUCAGUCUUUGCAUGAUACUUGGAGCUAUUUAUGGCACUGGCAAGCAUUUCAGCGUCUUGACGGCGAAUGAACGUGUGACAGCCAUGAAGUACUGGUGGUUUUGCGAGAUCGCAUAUUGUUUCUCCGCCAUGGGCUGCAAGAUCUCGGUCUGUAUCUUCUUGCUGCGCAUCACCGUGCGCCGAGUGCAUAUCUGGCUCCUCCGCAUCGUGAUGGUGUUGACCGUCGUUGCGGCGCUCGUUUUCAUGUUCCUGAUGCUGUUGCAAUGCAAGCCGGUAUCAUAUUUCUGGACGCGCAAGGCGUUCGAUGACAGCAUCCAUGGCGUCUGCAUCAACAUGGAGAUUAUUGUCGCCAUGACCUACGUGUACAGUGCGUUCGCGGCACUGUGCGACUUUACCGUGGGCAUUCUGCCCAUGUUCAUUGUUAAGAACCUGCAUAUGCGGAAGAAGACCAAGAUGGCUGUGGUGGGCAUUCUGGGAAUGGCCUGCAUUGCCUCAUCCGCGACCAUCAUCCGUAUCCCCUGGGUACACACCUUUUACGACCCAGACUUCCUCUACUCCACGGUCGAAAUCGCCCUCUGGUCCAACAUUGAAACCGGGCUAGGCAUCACAGCCGGUAGUCUCGCCACCCUGCGCCCCCUCAUCCGCCACUGGCUCGGCUCACACUCCGACCCCAACUACACGCGCUCGCCCUUCGGCGCCCCGUCCGGAUCCCGCCGCGUCGGCGCCGUUAGCCACAACCUCCGCUCCCACGAGCGACCCCUGCCGCUGGGCUCUCUGGACGAAGCCGCGGUGCAGGGCCGUCUCCGACCGGACAAGCUGGCGGUGACGGUGACGACGAUUCACAGCCAGCGGGGCCCGUCCACCUCGUCCAACAGCAGCGAGGAGCAGCUGACGGCGGGGCUGUCGGGUGAACGAUCGCCCAGCAAGGAUAGCCGGCGGCGCGGGAACACCGAGUCGGGUUCCCGCGGCGGCUUCGGGGGCAUCCAGCGGACCUUCGAGGUGACGCAGACGUCGUCGGCGGGGGAUAGUUCGUUUCAUGAGCAUAGUAUGGUCUAG